GAGGAUAAACGUUGGUACGAUUCGCCUACGAUACGUUAACGUUUGAGAGCAGUUGGCGGUUUCUCUUGAACAGUGAAUUCGUGUGCGGUGUAGCUGAAAAGAUAGACUGAAAGAAAGAAAGAAAGAAAGAAAGACUGACUGACCGAGAGGGAGGUAGAGGAAAGGAAGUUUUGCUCGAAGGACGAAGGUGUGAAAGUCCAGGCGGCGACGAUAGGGGCAGAAGGGGACCGGGCAGGAGGUUGGCAGGCGCUGGUCUCUCGAGGGUUAUUUUAAAAGAGGGACAAGGCCACUUAUGGAGCGGGACGCCGAGCGGUUCCUACUGCGGCUGAGAACGAAACGGGCAGACGGUCGAUCGGGGAAGCAGGGCUGAAAAUAGAGACGGUCAGGCUCUCUACGGCGACAAGAUGACACCGGACACGUAGGAUCUUCCAACGCUCGUAGCUUCGCCGAGGUAUUAUGAACCUGGAAUGGCCAUCGAGUUCCCUGUUGCCCGUGGAGAUUGAGGUAUGGCCGCGGUAGCCGGCAUCUAUGGCUUCUCAGAGGAACGACACGCCAGAUAUUCCGAGCAUCGGCAGCAUCCAUCGCUGCCGAAACUCAGCAGCCAGGACGAGGAUGGGCCGAACCCACACACCCAAUACACAGGCGUCACGCAGUUCGAGCCCAUACCGCACGAUCAUGACUUUUGCGAGAGGGUCGUCAUUAACGUGAGCGGGCUACGGUUUGAGACGCAACUGCGUACGCUGAACCAAUUUCCGGACACGCUGCUUGGCGAUCCGCAUCGGCGGAUCCGAUACUUCGAUCCGCUGCGCAACGAGUACUUCUUCGACCGAAACCGGCCCUCCUUCGACGCGAUACUUUACUACUACCAGAGCGGUGGCAGGCUCCGUCGCCCGGUCAACGUCCCUCUCGAUGUCUUCUCCGAGGAAAUCAAAUUCUACGAGCUGGGCGAGCUGGCCACCAACAAGUUCAGGGAGGACGAGGGGUUCAUCAAGGAGGAGGAGAAGCCGCUGCCGUCGCACGAGCUGCAGAGGAAGGUCUGGCUGCUGUUCGAGUACCCGGAGAGCUCGCAGGGCGCCCGGAUAGUCGCGAUAAUAUCGGUGAUCGUGAUCCUCCUGUCGAUCGUGAUAUUCUGCCUGGAGACCCUGCCGGAGUUCAAGCACUACAAGGUGUUCAACACGACGACGAACGGCACGAAGAUCGAGGAGGACGAAGUGCCGGACAUUACGGACCCGUUCUUCCUAAUAGAGACUAUUUGUAUCAUCUGGUUCACGUUCGAGUUAUCAGUGCGCUUCCUCGCCUGUCCAAACAAACUGAACUUCUUCCGUGACGUAAUGAACUUCAUCGACAUCAUCGCGAUCAUUCCUUACUUCAUCACGCUCGGCACCGUGAUGGCCGAGGACCAGGACACGAUCGAUCUGCCAAAGGCGCCGGUAAGCCCGCAGGACAAGAGCACCAAUCAGGCGAUGUCCCUGGCGAUACUCAGGGUCAUCAGGCUCGUCAGGGUGUUCCGGAUAUUUAAGCUGUCCAGGCACAGCAAAGGCCUUCAGAUCCUCGGCCGUACGCUCAAGGCCUCCAUGCGGGAGCUCGGCUUGCUCAUCUUUUUCCUCUUCAUCGGUGUGGUGCUGUUCUCGUCGGCGGUAUACUUCGCGGAGGCCGGCACGCAGGACAGCUUCUUCAAAUCGAUACCGGACGCGUUCUGGUGGGCGGUGGUCACGAUGACGACCGUGGGCUACGGGGACAUGAGGCCGGUCGGUGUCUGGGGGAAGAUCGUGGGCUCUUUGUGCGCGAUCGCCGGCGUACUGACGAUCGCCCUGCCCGUUCCCGUCAUCGUCUCCAACUUCAACUACUUCUAUCACCGUGAGACUGACCAGGAGGAGAUGCAGUCGCAGAACUUCAAUCACGUGACCAGCUGCCCGUAUCUCCCUGGUCAACACUUGAAGAAGAGCUCGAUGUCGGAAUCGUCGUCGGAGAUAAUGGAGCUGGAAGAGGGCAUACUGCUCACUCAUCCCGAGAUUACCAAGAAGCCCAACUGCAACCCUCGCCACAAUAACAAUAUUAAUCCAGCCUGUAUGAGCAUCGAGACUGACGUCUGACUACUAGUGAAGGAGACGGUGGCAGCGUGGUGGCCAAUGCUGGAACGAUUGUCGAGGAACAGCUGCAGCUUGCUACGGUGCCCGACGUAGGCCUCCUUCACACGUCGUCGUAGUCGCGCUAGCUGCGAACGCUAGCGACACAGCGCUCGUGCGCGUGCGCGCUGGCUGCCGAGUCGCAACGCGGCUGCGCAUGCGCACGCGCACGCGCCAACCCGCCGUCUGUCCAUAUAGUUUGUCAAUACGAGGGGUGCUUCCAAUCCAUUGCCACGUCUGUCACCAUGAGAGACGAGAAAGGACGAGCGAAUGAAAACGAGGGAAAAAACGCAACGACCAAAAAAAGGGAUUCGGCUGACUAACGGGUGCCGCGUAAUUUCUUCCAUCUUCAUGUCGGUGCGACGCGACGCGGAACAGAGGAAGAUAUAUAUAUAUAUAUAUAUACAUACAUGUGUAUAUACAUAUACCCGUGCGUCGGCGGCUGUGAGAGUGGGAUAAACAAACAGAGAGAAAGGGUUAGUUUUGGUAUGGCAACGAGUUUCCUGUCUCCGACGAGGUAAUCGCGAAGAAAACGAGAAAGAGAGAGAAAGAGAGAGAGAGACAGCCGUUUCGGAGGUGUUUUACAGUACACACGCACCCCACGUAGGGACCUACGUGCUAAUAAGGGGGACGGAGCCAGGAUAUUUCAGUCGCGCUGCCGGUCCCCACACCACCGACUCCAGUGUUCAAUACAAACGGUAUAAACAAAUAAAUAAAACAUAACAAAUAAACGGUAUAAACGAAACGAAAAGAGGGAAAAGAGAGAAAGAGAGAGAGAGAGAGAGAGAAAGAAUUAAGUCGCGGCGGCUUCGCGAGUUAAAAGAGGGGGGAGAAAAAAAGUGAGAAAGAAAACGUGGUCGAGCCCUUAACCUCCCCCCUCCGAUUAGUUUUGGCGUUCGACACGCCGGCAAAACACGGCGGAUCGAAGGGGGAGCCGGCCGGCAACGAAACCAGGGGAAUCGUACCAGAUAAUACUAAUUAAUUAUUAUCGAUGUAAUUAUUAUAUCGAGUACACGUAGGCGAAGGUACGCUAAACAAACAAACAAACAAAAAUAAAAACAAAUAAAUAAGGAAUAUUCGUUUUAAAUGAUUGUAACAUUGCGCGAAAAACGGACGAAGCCACGAUCGAGCGGAAGAGGAGGACAUAGUCGGGAGGGGGGGAAAAAAAAAGAAAGAGAAGAACGGAAGGAAAAUGGCGAUGGCGCUCGCGUUGAGAGAAAGAGAGAGAGAGAGAGAUAGAUUUCUGAAGACGAUGUAAUAGGCGUUGUAAACACGGCGAGUAGCUACGGAAGCAAGAGUGCGUUAUUUUUUUCUUUUUCUUUCUUUCUCCAGCGGAGAGACAGUUUUGUUUUCUUUUUUUUUUUCCACUGAGGACAAAUUACUCGAAUUAUGCCGCACCGUAUAUAUUUCGAACCGCGAGAGACCAUUAUUUGGAAUGCAAUUCGUUUUUCAGAGCGUAACACUGUGUACUUGUACUUUGCUGGCGAUGCACGGCCGUGUAUACACGAACACGCGCCUACACACGUAACCAGCGUUCGCAUAAUUUCGAAAGGGACGCGCGUUGUACUCUCGUUGUUGAACUGUUAAAAGUAGCGAUAGCCGUCGAUCGUGCACGAUUCACGGAGUGCGCGAUCCGAAGGGAAAUUCAAACAUAGGGGUAGGAUCGUUUUUUUUUUUUCGGAUCUUUUGCGUGCUUUCUCGGUGCGUAAUCGCGACCGAAGGCCGCAAUCGGGACUGUGCCGAGUCACUCCUUCGUGCACGUUCGAGAGAAGCGAGUCGGCUGAAAAGCACCGCGCGAGGUUAGCUUCGGUUCGUCGCUGACAACCGAUCGAAAGGGCAAACGUCGACGAAAGUAAAUUGAUUAUUAUCGCCGACUGGAGAAACUGUUGCGAUCAAUGACCGGAAAAUGUGUCUGCCGAUGGCGCGUACAACCGUGUUCACGCUCCCGAUCUCGCGACGAAUGUCACCAAUGUGCACGGAAAUCGGUCCCUUCGUUCGCACAACCAAUACGAACUCGACACACAGAGAGAAAGAGAGAGAGAGAGAGAGAGAGAAAGUCGAGUAGUAGCGAAAGCAGUAUCACGCAGAGAUUCCGUUCUUAUUAGCGAGGCCAAUUUGCCAACGUUUCGUAAUCGAGUCGAUCGCAAACGAUCACGAAUUCGAUUUUGUGUUCAAGCUGUUAGGGGAAAAAUACGGUCGACGGUGAGGAAGUGUUCAAGUAUAUUAUACACCAAGUAUAAACUUUUGUUCCGUGAUUGCGCGCGUUCAUCGUUUCAGUUGGUUAAAAAAAUGUCGAUCGUUUUCGUUUCGUUUCUUUUUCUUUUUCUCUCGCGCACGCUCACUUCCCUCGUUUCACGUUUUCUUCCUCUGCGAGAUUUCCCGCCCUUUCGAUCGAAUGUCCAACGUUUGCGAAGCAUGCUGGUAAAUUCCGUCGUUACGUAUACACACAAAUAUCGAAUGAAUUUCGAUGAAAUGCCAAAUCGUAGAACAGUAUAUUUCAAGUAUAUAUCCACUAACGAAACGAACAAAAUGAUCGAAAGGGGCGGCGAACAGUCGCGAGAGAUCAUCGAGAUUUUUUUUUUUUUUCCUUUUGGUUUCUAUCUUGGAAAUAAAGAACGAUCAACAGCGAAUGGAACGUGAGGUAAAGAGAGGAGGGCGAGAUCGAGAAUUGAGCGAUGCGAAAGAAAGAGAGAGAGAGAGACGAGAGACAGAGUCAGAAAACGAAAUGGCGAAGUCGCGAAGUUGGUGAAAAACGAAUUGAUGGGUCGAUCGGUGCUCGAUGCGAAAAGCAACAACAACACUUUCCCUAUCUCUUCGCUGUCGUCUCGAUGUUUUCGCCUCUUUCCCGGUGGAAAAAGCAAAA